GAAAGAGGAGUUUGACCUUUUAAACAAAUGAGUAUACACAUCAUGUUGUCCUUGUCUGUUUAAGUUUAUAACACAGUUUGAACUGCAAGCAUUGCAUUCUGGAGGGAGCCAUCAUGGAGAGAGCUGUGCUGCAAAUCACCCUCUUUGGGCUGCUGCUGGCUUUGGCUGCGACACAACCGAAAAACGAGGACUGGGACAUCUACAGCUUUCACAUCAACUCCACAGUGAGCAGUCGUUAUGCAACCACUGUCAUCACGAGCCGCAUGGCCAAUCGUAUGGACGAGUCAAAGGAAAUAGAGUUCCACGUCCGGAUUCCCAAGAACGCCUUCAUCAGCAAAUUCAGAAUGUUUAUUGAUGGCCAAGUGUACGAUGGCGUUGUGAAAGGUAAAGAGAAAGCUCAGCAGCAGUACACUGAGGCUGUGUCCCGUGGACAAAGCGCCGGACUUGUCAGUUCUGUAGGGAGGACCCUGGAGGAAUUUAAGACCUCUGUGACUGUGGCUGGUCACAAAAAGGUCACCUUUGAACUCACAUAUGAGGAGCUGCUGAAACGCAGGCUUGGAAAGUACGAGCUGCAAAUCCACGCUCGACCAAUGCAGCCUGUGAAAAACUUUAAAGUUGAUGUGUACAUUCAUGAGAAAUCUGGCCUCAAUUUUGUUGAGGUUAAAGGAGGACUAGCCCUGGCUGAUGCCAUCAACAAAACACAUGCAGACCAUGAGGCAUGGGUGAACUUUUACCCAACAGAGGACCAACAGAAAACGUGUGACAGCUGUGGAAAGCAGGGUAUGAAUGGAGAUCUGGUUAUUGUUUACGAUGUCAAUAGGGACAGCGGACUGGGAGACAUUAAGACUUCAGCAGGGUACUUUGUUCAUCACUUUGCCCCAACUAGUCUUACCCGCAUGUCAAAAAAUGUUGUCUUCUUGAUCGAUCAAAGUGGCUCAAUGUACGGCAAAAAAAUUCAACAGACCCGGAUUGCCUUAAUCCACAUCUUGAACGACCUGGCAGAGGAUGACCACUUUGGUCUUAUCACCUUUGAUGGCAGCGUUUUUUACUGGAAACGAGAACUCGUUCAAGCCAACAAGCAAAACUUGGAGAGUGCCAAGACAUUUGCAAGGAAUAUUCAAGAAAAUGGAGCCACAAACAUCAACAGUGCAGUGUUGGAAGGAGCCCGUAUGCUCAACGUACAUCACAGAGAAGAUUCAGCGUCCAUCCUCAUUCUUCUCACUGAUGGAGACCCAACAACAGGGGUGACAAAUCUUGAACAAAUCCAGUCAAAUGUCAGAGCGGCUAUAAUGGACAAAUUCCCACUCUACUGUCUCGGUUUUGGUUUUGAUGUAAACUUUGAGUUCCUUGAGAAGAUGUCGCUACAGAACAAUGGUGUGGCACGACGGAUUUAUGAAGACUCUGAUGCUGAUUUACAGCUGAAGGGUUUCUAUGAAGAGGUGGCCACUCCUCUUUUGCUCAAUGUGACUAUGAGCUAUAAUGGUGGCACCAAUCUGACGCAGACUGACUUCAGUCAGUAUUAUAAAGGAUCUGAGAUUGUGGUGGCCGGUCAGAUUACUGACAACGACAUUGAGACCUUCACUCCACAAGUCGUGGCAAUUUCGAGCACUAAAAAGUUGACGUUUUCUAACUCCAACGGCACCGUGGAGUCCACUGGAAGAGAGUCUGCCGACCACAUCCAGAGGGUUUGGGCCUACCUCACAGUCAAACAGCUUCUGGAGAAAGAGCUGCUGUUAUCUGGAGCUGAGAAGGAGAACGUGAAGAAAGAGGCCUUGGAGCUGUCGCUGAAGUACAGCUUUGUAACUCCACUCACAUCCAUGGUGGUCACCAAGCCUGUAGGAGAGGACACCGAUGUGCUCCAUAAACCCAAGGAAGGAGAAGUUUCACAGAAACACUCAUGGCAUAAACUUGUUGGUUCUGCGGGCAGUGCGAGACUUUCCCCAGCAAAAGGGUUAGCAGAUGCCUAUGACACGGGAAGCUAUGCCUAUGACACGGGAAGCUAUGCCUAUGACACGGGAAGCUGUAAGGAAACAUUUACACUACUCUGACCUGAUUUUAUUUGAUUAUUUAUAUUACUAUAUAACAAACAUAAAGCAUACAUUAUUUUUCAUUAGUAAAAAGUUAAACUAAAACCUAAAAAAACUGAGCAGAACAACUCUGGUUUAUUUGAUGAUUAUAAGAAAACUGUGUGGGAGGUAUGUGCUUGAGUAUUUCAAAGUGAAUCAACAGCUGUUUUGCCAUUUAUGUAAUAACUGAAUCUUUACCAUAUUUUCCUUUUGAACAGAUGCGCUAGGUAAGACAUAAACAACUGCACAGUUCUCACAUGACAGAUACACUAUUACCUUACAUUUGUUUUAAUUAUUAACAGUUGUCAUUGUAUAACAUGAAUCAAUUCUCAAUCAUGAUUAUUUCUUGAAUUAUGUUAAGUAAAACAACUAGUGAAUGUUUUGUAUUACAAAAACUAAAGGUGGAGAGGGACUAUUUCAAAGUUAAUUAACAGCUGUUUUGAAUUUGUAUAAUGACUUUAUCUUUAUUAUCUUUUUCUUUUAACAUGCCUUACAGUGCCAGGUAAGAUAUAAUUCCACAACUGCUCACUUCUGACAUGAAAGAUACAUUAUUUACUAUAAUUAUAAAUAGCUGUUAUUGUAUAACAUUAAUUGAUUCUCAAUAAUGAUUAUUUCUUUAAAAUUAUGUAAAAGAAACAGAAACUAGAAAUACUAGUUCAUGUUUUAUAAAACAAAAACUGAAGAUGAAGGGAAAUGCGUGAUUGACUAUUUCUUGGUUAAUUAACAGCUGUUUUGAAUUUUUAUAAUAACUUUAUCAAAAUCAUCUUUUCCUUUUCAACAGCUGGUCGUGGUAAGACAUAAACAUGUGCACUUUAUUGACAUGACAGAUACACUUUAUUUACAUAUUGACUAUUUCAAAGUGAAUUAACAGCUUCAUUGAAUUUGUAUAAUAACUUUAUUUUUAUUAUCUUUUUCUUUUAACAGGCCUUAUAGUGCCAGGCCUUAUAGUGCCAG